GGUGGUGUGACGUCAUGUCGCUAUGGAGACCAGGCGUUAUAAAACCUGAAGUCAGACCCGCGAGCGGCGCACACUGACUCAAGCAGCAUCAGCAGUGAGGUAACUCCAAACCCCCUAAGCAACAGCAACCAUGUCAGACCUUUGUGUUGGAAUCAAUGGCUUCGGUCGCAUCGGCCGUCUGGUCCUGAGGGCAUGCCUCCAGAAAGGCAUCAAAGUCGUCGCCAUCAACGACCCCUUCAUUGACCUGCAGUACAUGGUCUACAUGUUCAAGUAUGACUCCACCCACGGCCGUUACCAUGGCGAGGUCUCCCAUGAUGGCGGCAAGCUCAUCGUUGAUGGCAACCCCAUCUCUGUUUUCCAGUGUAUGAAGCCUGCUGAGAUCCCCUGGGGCAGCGCUGGAGCCCUUUACGUUGUAGAGUCCACUGGAGUUUUCCUCAGUUUGGAGAAGGCCAACUUCCACAUCCAGGGGGGCGCAAAGCGCGUGGUUGUGUCCGCCCCCUCGCCUGAUGCCCCCAUGUUCGUCAUGGGAGUGAACGAGGACAAAUACGACCCGUCCUCCAUGACCAUCGUCAGUAACGCCUCCUGUACCACCAACUGCCUGGCUCCUCUGGCCAAAGUCAUCCAUGACAACUUUGGCAUUGAGGAGGCUCUCAUGACCACAGUCCACGCAUACACAGCCACCCAGAAGACAGUGGACGGCCCCAGCUCCAAGGCCUGGCGCGAUGGCCGUGGCGCCCACCAGAACAUCAUUCCAGCUUCCACCGGUGCUGCUAAGGCAGUGGGCAAAGUCAUUCCUGAGCUUAACGGCAAGCUGACAGGAAUGGCGUUCAGGGUGCCAGUGGCCGACGUGUCUGUGGUAGACCUGACCUGCCGCCUGUCCAAGUCUGCAUCCUACGCCGAGAUCAAGGAGGCCGUGAAGAAGGCGGCGCACGGGCCCAUGAAGGGCGUGCUGGGUUACACUGAAGACCAGGUGGUGUCCUCCGACUUCAUUGGCGACACCCACUCCUCCAUCUUCGACGCCGGCGCCGGCAUCUCCCUCAACGACAACUUUGUCAAACUCAUUUCCUGGUAUGACAACGAGUACGGCUACAGCAACCGUGUUGCUGACCUGCUGCUCUACAUGCACUCCAAGGAGUAGACACUUCCUGUCCUAAGAGACAGUGAGGAAAGGGACCACCGUUAACCAUCAUAUACCCCUCCCUUCUCUUUUACACAGAAGCCCCACCCAUAGCCACGUCAUUGCAGUUCCAAAGCCCUUAGCUCUACUACAUACUUGUAGGCAGCAGCAGAUGUGUAUUUGAGUGUUUUGAGUUCAUCUGUGUUUUCCUUUAAUGACGAGGCAUCAGUUUGGUGAAAGUAUUUGUGUCUGUGUGUGCCCCCCUCCACUGCGAAAUUUAGAUGUGCCAUUAUGGCUGAAUACUAUAACUACUGUAUCCAUCUCACUGUUAGUGUGAUUUAAAGCUUCCUCACCAGUGGAAGGAGGAACCCGAGGGGCAGUCCUACUGUAACUCUGCUUAAGAAUAAAGAGAAGACAAAAUAAAGUUUGAAAAAAACCUAAA